GUUUUACGCGCUGACGUCAGGCGUCACGUGAUCUGAGAGUGCGGAAGUUUUGAUCCUGAAAGACUGAGCGCCUUUAAGCAGCCGAACGUUUGCGCUUUUGGCAUAUAAAUGGUCAGGAUGACUCAGAAACGUUACCUGGAGGGACAGGUGUACUCUGUACCGCUCAUCCAGCCGGAUCUGAGGAGAGAAGAGGCUGUGCAUCAGAUCACUGAUGCAUUACAGUACCUGGAAACGAUAUCAACAGACAUCUUUACUAGGGUGUCUCAGAGUGUGGAGAAGAACCGUGCACACCUUCAGUCCGUCACAGACCGGAUCAAACUGGCUCAGGCCAGAGUCCAGAAGAUCAAAGGAAGCAAGAAAGCCACAAAGGUGUUCUCCAGUGCCAAAUACCCCGCUCCAGAAAAACUGCAGGAAUAUUCGUCCAUCUUUACAGGUGCAGUAGAUCCUGCCUCUCAAAAGCGGCCUCGCUUUAAAGUUCAGAGCAAACUCCGCCCUCUGGAUGACAAGGCCCUCCAGGAGAAAUUGAUGUAUUUGUCAGUAUGUGUAAACACUAAGAAGCGCUCAGAAGAUGAGACAGAGGAGGGUUUGGGAAGUCUGCCGAGAAAUGUCAACUCAGUCAGCUCCUUAUUGCUGUUCAACACAACAGAGAACCUCUAUAAGAAAUAUGUGUUUCUUGACCCUCUGGCGGGCGCCGUGACUAAAACACACACCACGUUAGAGACGGAAAAGGAAGAUAAACCAUUUGACGCGCCACUGUCGAUCACCAAGAGAGAGCAGCUAGAGAGACAGACCGCAGAGAAUUAUUUCUAUGUGCCAGACCUGGGGAAAGUGCCUGAGAUCGAUGUGCCGUCUUACCUGCCUGACUUACCUGGCAUCGCUGAUGACCUAAUGUACAGCGCUGACCUCGGCCCAGGGUUCGCACCAUCUGUUCCUGCCAGCAACAGCAUCCCUGAACUUCCUUCAUUUGGCACGGAGCAUGACGAAUCUAGUGGAUCUGACUCUCAUUUUAGGCUUGAGGCUCCGCCCCCUCCACCUCCUCCACCCCCUCCUCCACCAGAGCCAACUCGGGUAUCAGUCCCGCCCCCUGGAACAUCCCCAGCUCCGCCCCCUCCACCCCCACCUCCACCUAUCACAGCAGACAGAACUGAUGCCAUGUCAAGUCAAGCCCCUCCCACAGGUAUAGUGAAAGGAGCCCCUACUGAGGUGGUAGAGCCGUCGGACGGCCGAGCCAGUCUGCUGGAGUCAAUCCGAAACGCCGGCGGCAUCGGCAAAGCAAACCUCCGCAAUGUAAAAGAGCGCAAGAUGGAGAAGAAAAAACAGAAAGAGCAAGAGCAAGUUGGGGCAGCGGUGAGCGGUGGAGACCUGAUGUCUGACCUCUUCAAUAAAUUGGCCAUGCGCAGGAAAGGUAUCUCUGGUAAGGGCCCGGUGGGCGGAGACUCAUCUGAAGCACCUGCCAGCUCCGGCGGCGCGUUCGCCAGGAUGUCAGAUGUGAUCCCGCCCCUUCCAGCGCCACAGCAACCCACUGUAGACGAUGAAGAGGACUGGGAGGCGUAACCAUGGCGACCCAGAGUUGAGUGCGCAACUCAAGAUUGGAGAGCUGAAAUCCUCAUAGACAGGGUCUGGAGAUAUUGUCUCUCCAAGGAGAGCUGUGGAGUGUUGAGUGAGACGUUUGGUCUCGUUUUGUAACCUGAAGGUCGGUGAAUUAACACAAGUGUAAGAUGAUGUGUUCUAUAUGUCAUUAAAACCCUUAUAGUCUGAAAGAUUUUUUUUAUUAAAGUCAACAUGACAUCAAAAUUCACUAUUUACAUUCUUCAUUCAUAUUUUGGUCAUCUGUGCUUGAUUCAUCAGUGCAGAUCAUUUAAAAAUUUUGAAAAUGUAAACUUUCUAGCAAAUUUAAUCACUUUAAUAUUUUUAUAAUAUUAAAUACAAUGAUACUAUUAUACUGUAAAAUAAAAAACAAAUAUAUAAGUAUAAUUUACAGAACAGAAAAUUUCAUUUCUAUAUAAUACUUAAUUUCUUGACUUUCAAAUGUUAAACUAUAGAGCUUCAAUUUCUUCAAGCAUUUAAAAAAUAAAAAAACCCAUUACAAAAUACAAAAAUCCAUAUAAUAUGGAAAAAUCCUGUCUGAUACAUAAUAUGCAUAGACUUCCUGGAUGAGCUACAGUAUGCAGCAGGGCACAUGGUAUCCCAUAAUGCAAUGUGCUUGACUGUACCUUCCAUUUCCAUUAUGAUGAAUGAACUGGAAGUCAUACCAACUGCCAUUUCAUAUCAUCAUUUUGAAUUAAUAUUUAACAGACUAGCAAAUGUAAAAAAAUUGGAUUGAAAAAGUCAAAUUGACUGUUUCUGAUCAUUUGUGCAUGAUUUAUCAAAAAUUUCAAAAUGCUUCUUUGUAAUCUUUACAAAAUCAAAAUUUAGUAACUUACUCCAUUUUUUAAAUGACUUUCCUUUUCAUCUGAUGCCAUCUCAUCCACACAAGCACUUGGUAAAUAUUAAUGUUACCCACUUUAACUCGUAAAUCUCACAUUAUUGUUGUCUUAUGUUGACUUUAAUAAUUAAUUGCACUUUUUGAUGAACAUUUUUCACUACUCGUGCACAUUCAAAAUAAUGUGACUUCAUGAAGUUGAUGGUGAAAUAACUAUUGUUCCUUGAGGAAGGAAAGAAUGUAAAAAGCAGGUUGUAUUUUUUGAUAUUUUGUUUUACAUGCUCAAAAACAUCUCUGGUAUUAGUAUCUUUAGCACAGGAAAUAAACUCUAAUCUACUAUGA